CUCCCAUCUUCUCUUCUUCCACAACAACACCUCGCCAUUCCACCACUUCUCGUCGCAAACAUCACCUUUUCCAUCGUUCUUUGGAUUAACUCGAUUCUACAGCUUCAGAAAGCUCUAACUCGUCACUUUCCCAUAAUCUUCAUCCUUCCACCAACCGUCAAAAUGGCCCGUGAAGGAACCCGCUCCCAGACCGGCAACUCCAAGCCGCGUCUCUUCCCCGUCGUCGACACCGCUCCUGUUCGCAAGCAGAACACCACGACUACCACGACUGCGAAGAAGCCCAAAACCACUUCUACUGCUGCCAAGGCCGCGAAGCCCGUCGGCGUCACCAAGAAGAAGGCCACCACCGCCAAGAAGGGCCCUUCUGUUGCUACUAAGGCCAAGUCAGUAGCCAAGAAGGCAGAGACCAAGGUCGCCGCCGCCACCAAGGCAGGCAAGAAGGAGACCAAGCCCAAGACCACCAAGGCCAAGGCGACACCCGCCGCCGCCUAAGUGUGUCUUGGUUGCUUCUCUCCUUUUCUAUGUCUUUGACUCUGUCUCCCUCUUACAUCAUCCGUCACUCGCCUCGACGACGAAUCUGCCGCCCAGCCUUCUUCGAAGCAUGCCUCGCGCAUGGAUGAAUCUCUCUCCCAUCUUCAUUAC